UUCUUUCACAUUCUCACUGAUUUUCCCGGAAAUCUUUCAUUCCUUUUUUGAAUGAAUCAAUAAUUUCAUCAGCAAUGACCACCAAAUCUCAACCGUAUUCAUGGACUCGACUCCUUCUCAACGAAACCCUCAAAAACCCUACUAAAACCCCUCUUUUAUUUUCCCGGAAAAUCUCAACUUUCCCGCAUUUUUCCACCAGCCAAACACCCCAAAUCCCCAUUCCACCGAAUAUCCAUCUCCCAAAUGCAUCUAAACGAAACCCCACCAAGCCCAUUUUCUCAUUUUCCCGGAAAAUCUCAACUUUCCGUCUCUUUCGCACGAACCAAACACCAAGAUGCCAUUUUUCCUCAUAUACCAGAGUCGCUCAGGAUCUGCUCGCGCAGGUCGAGCGCGAUAAGCAGAGGGAGAGAGAGGCGAGGAAGAGGCUAGGGUUGGAUACGAAAGAUAUUGAUGCAGAAGAUGAGGAGGAUUACACCGGUGUGGGGCCGAUGAUAGAGAAGCUCGAGAAGAAGUUGAGGACCAUCCCCGAGGAAUUUAUCAGGAAUGAAGAGCCCACGGAUUUGGAUCGUGAUGAAGAUGAUGAGAGGUUCUCAAGAGAAGCAGUGCAGAAGAGAUAUCAGUUGUUUCAGAAGAAGUUUAAAAGGUUUGAAGAGUUGGUCCGUAGCUUCGUUGAUGCUGAAACACUUGAUGAAGCUUUCAAGUGGAUGAACAAAGUUGACAAAUUUGAACAAAAACAUUUUGCUCUUCGCCCUGAAUACAGGGUUAUUGGUGAGUUGAUGAAUCGUCUGAAAGUAGCUGAAGGAAAGGAUAAAUUCAUCCUUCAACAAAAGCUUAAUAGAGCUAUGACAUUGGUGGAAUGGAAGGAAGCUUACGAUCCAAAUAAUCCUGACAAUUAUGGAGUCAUUCAUCAUAGGCGGGUUAGUCCACAUGUUGAUUCCCUUGAGAGUUCUGAAUUUGAACAAGAAAAUCAGAUGAUACAAGGUGGGAUUGAUGAUGAUGAGGUAGAGGAGUUUGAUGACAUGAAAGAGAGAGAUGAUAGAUUGUUAGAAAAACUCAAUGCUAUAGACAAGAAACUUGAAGAGAAGCUAGCUCAGUUGGACCAUACAUUUGGAAGGAAAGGAAAGCUUCUGGAAGAAGAGAUUAGAGAUCUUGCAGAGGAGAGAAAUGAAUUGACAGAGAAGAAAAGAAGACCUCUUUAUAGAAAAGGAUUUGAUGUUAAAAUGAUAAACGUUAAUAGAACUUGUAAAGUUACUAAGGGAGGGCAAGUGGUGAAAUACACUGUUAUGUUAGCUUGUGGGAACUAUCAUGGUGUUAUUGGUUUUGCCAAAGCCAAAGGCCCAAGAAUGAAUCUUGCUGCUCAGAAGGCACGUGAGAAAGUCUAUCAAAAUCUCUACUAUGUUGAGCGACACGAAGAACAUACAAUUGCACAUGCAGUUCAAUCAGAAUACAAGAAAACUAAGUUGUAUUUGUGGCCUGCACCAACUACAUCAGGUAUGAAAGCCGGAAGAAAAAUUGUCCAAACAAUUCUGGGCUUAGCUGGAUUAAAAAAUGUCAAAUCUAAGGUUAUUGGUUCAAGGAAUCCUCAUAACACUGUUAAGGCUCUAUUCAAAGCUCUGAAUGCAAUUGAAACUCCGAAGGAUGUGCAAGAGAAGUUCGGUCGGACUGUUGUGGAGAAGUACCUGCUAUGAUUGUUGUGCUCUACAUAUUUCCGUGUAAUUUUCCGAUUAUUUUUCUUGAAUUCCAAUAUAAUUUACAAAUUAGAUGAGGAAAUGAAAAACUUUUGUCGCAUCGAUGAUUUUUCUUCCCGUGAACGAGGUCAUCGUAUUUGCUAAGCUUGUUACUGUUGACAGUUUUACUCCAUUAAAAUCAAUCACAAGGAAGCAUUGUAGUUUAGCUUCUUAAGAAUA